CAGCUCAGUGCUCGCAGUGAAUUGAAUUGCCUGCCAAUUUUGCUCGAAUUUAUCAUCGGCUGAUCCAUUCUUAAGCUGAUUUUCGUUUGAGUUUUUGCAGCAAUGGAUUCAGAAGAAACACGGGAUAUCCUGUCCAACGUUCGCACUUUUGUGAAGGGUGUCGACAUCCGUAAUGGACGAAAGCUCUCAAGUGAAGAACACGCACGUUAUGCACUCCAUCUUCUAAAGACACUACCAGCUGCCCGCACAGCUGUCUUGGAUUUUCUUUGCCAUGUCUUUGAUGAGAGUGUCAACUUGUAUUUGUAUGAGCUGGAAGGAGAAGGGGCAUCAAGCAUGGGUCUUCACCUAGGUGAAUUAAUUGAAGAUAUUUACAAGGUGCUCAAGAAACUGAUAGAAGACAGUCCUUCAGCUUGGUCUCCCAUCCUCUCUGCUUGGUCAAUUGCUCUGCUUGGUCAGAUCAGUAGUAAUUAUGCCAGUCGUAGAGGUGUACCUCAUCCUUCAAACCUCAAUGAACUGCUACAGCUCUGGAUGACUUGUAAAGCGACAAGAACCAUCAUGGAUCUAGCAACACACUGUAUAGCAGCAAUGAGUUCUUCUUGCCCUGACCCAUGUGUGGAUGCUCUCCUUAAUACCUCUGUUCAACACUCGCCUCACUUUGACUGGGUUGUAGCACAUAUAGGUUCAUGCUUCCCAACCACCAUCAUCACCCGUGUUCUCUCUUGUGGACUCAAAGACUUUUGCUCCAGCCAGUCAACAGAGGGCCAGCUCAUUGCCACGGAAACCAAGGUUCCGAAGGUUGCGUCAGUUGUAGGAAUCCUAGGUCAUCUGACCUCACAGCAUUCCCAAGACAUCCGUAAAGCCUUGCUAGAUUUGUUUCAGGAAAGCCUUGAUGGUAAGAAGGAACAUGAUGUCUUCACCGUACCAUUCCUUCUUCAGCUUGCUACAAUGUCACCUAUGCUCCUCAAAAUAAUCACAACGGAUUUUGUUCAAGCCUUGACUCCAGAGGUACUUAACCGAAUCUCAGAGCAGUUCCGUGACUCGGUGGUGUUGAAGCGAGACAGAGACAGUCUUCUCACCCUCAUCAUUCAUCUCAUCUGUCGAUCCGGUAGUGGAGCAUUCAACCUUCUACUCUUCUUACUGGAUACAGGCUGUGAUGAACAGGGGUCAACGACGGUCAAAGAAGGAUCAAAGGUCAACAAGAUGGUCCAAGACACGUGUGCCCUGAUAUUGGAUCUCCUUCUAUUAGAUCUUCAGCGAUCAGCCUACAGCCAGUCUGGUAACCUAUCCCUUCUUGUAGGUCCACAGCUCAGUCAAGAGAAUGGUAACAUACCAUUUCUCAAUGAACUACAGAAGCAUACCUCUCUCCUGUGUGAUGACAUCAUCAGCUCUCAAGGAAGAAGAGUUGGAUGGUUGCAACGGAUUCUAUCUCUUAUCUCAGUACAGUCUGGAGAAUCCUGUGCAUCGGACAUACUGAGCUUUAUACUCAUUAAUGAAUCUAACCCAGAUAAGAUUGGUUUAUACAUCAGUAUCCUGACUGAGAUUGAGACUAGUUACCCUGCAGUACUCCCUUCAGCUAUUCAGAAAUCAGUCAAUCAACUACAGAGAACUACACCAAAACAGACACUGCAGCUGUUGACCAACCUCAACAAACUCCUGUCCUUCAAGACUAGCAACCAAUCCAGCAAGCUGACCUCUAACCUUCGAACCCACUUGACCUCUCACCUUCAGAUGAUUGCCAGUCAGCUUCACCAUGGUGAUCUGGGCGUGGCUUGUCAGACAGUAGAUCUCCUGAAGCUGAUUGGUCUUCCUGAGAUGAUUGACAUGUCUACAUUGAUCUGUUUGUGUCAGUCGUCUGUAGAAUUCUUCUUUGCAGCCAUGCAUAGUGCUGAUACUGCUAAUCGUUUGAAGACAUUGGAAAGGUGUAGCAGUUAUCUAACCUUCUUAUGUAGUCAUUCCAUGGCCCAAACAAUCGUACUCAGAUCCUUACUUGUGGGUUCGGUCCAAGUGCAUAACUCCCUGCUUUUUGCCAACGCUAGUAAUCACUCAGCCCAGCAUCCUCAGUCCCAUUCACAGUCAUCCAUCUUAGAAUCAUCUCUAGGAUCAGCAUACCUUAUGAAGCAUAACCAGGAGUUUUCUGGGUCUUUGACCGUUCCUAGAGGAGCAUCUACUGCAUUCCAUUCAGGGAUUAUUGGACAGGGGGCCAGGAAGAACAUGCCCAAGCAGGAGGCUUCAGAAAUUGAGACCAAACAGACCAACUCACAGCUUCUCGUCGAGACCAUCUCAUCCUGCGCCCACGUGAGACCACGCCCCGCCCCCCUCAUCAGGUCAGGCAACGCCCACCUUCUCCCAGUAGAUCCAAGAACCCAGCAGACAUCGAGACAGCCUGUAGCCAGAGCUACGGGGAAGCUGAUGGCUGAGAUACUGAUGGAGAUCAUGUGUCCUGAUGUAAGUCAUGCUGAAGAGUGUUGGCCAGAUGAGGAAAUGAUUAAACAUUCCAUUGAGAGGGAUCUCAGUAUCAAGAAGAAGGUUGAUGAGUAUCCGUUCAUCUGGGACAUCCUGGAAAUCAUUGCACGAGCCAAACCAGCACUAUGUUUCUGUUCUGGUCUGCUAUACAGUGUUAUGGCAACACUUAUUUCACAUUGGGAAUCAUCACGUCAUAAGACAGCAGGAGAUUCCAAAGGUCAUCUUCUUGUUACAUGCCGUCUUGUGCACUGUAUGAAUCUGGCUGGAUUCCUCCCACCACCCCUGAACCAGUGUCAUCCAAUCUUUAGUGACCUAACUCCUAGAGAGGUCUAUGUACUACUCAGUAACAUUUGGGCAUUCCUUAGGGACAAUCCACCAAUAGCGGAGGUGUUCAUUGAAACUGAUGAGCAGGGUGCACCCUCUAGAGCUUUCCCACAAGAACUGGUGUCCAAGUAUGCCGAGGUAGUAAGGAGUCUAGUUCAUCGUAAUAUUCAUAAGUUUGGUCACCUCUAUGCUCAUCUCUGUCCUGUUCCUACACAGAUGUAAACGUAAUAAAUGUAAACGCAUCUACUGUAUGACUUAAAGAAGGCUAGAAGGCCGUUUUUUCCUUAAAACAGUUACCGUUUUUUUUAAAUUUGAUCCCUAUUUUUUCAAUUUUUACCUCACUUAUUAAUGAACUACUAAAGCCUGGAUAAGCAUUACGACCUUUUAUAUACAUUUUAAUACAAAAACAUAUAGGGAAUUGACAUGCAUACCUAUGGAAUUACCCAAAUGAAGUUACCAAUUUCAAAUAACACAUCAAGUAAUAGUCUCAUCCACUUUGCCCAUGUGACUUUCGCUCUGAUGAAAUUUCUGUUCCCAAAGCUGAACUUUCACCCAACCCCAAAGCCAUUAUUUCAUCCUGAAAAGUGUGAUUUAUGAAAGUUUCAAAAGGAAUAGAUUGAUAUGAAAUAAAUUCAGAUUUGUUUUUACAUGAAUCUGGUAAUGUCGAGAUAUGUUACUGAUAUACUUAGGAAAUAUUGGUUGCCUCAAUGAUCUUUCUAUGUUGGCUGACAAAGCUUUCCAGGUACAUAACCUAGUGAGGAGAAGAUCUUCAACAUCUCAAAUGGGUACAAAAUCAUUAAAAAAGGGCAAUUGCAAAGUAUAUUGGUCUUUUGCGGUGCCAAGGUUUAAAUUUGCAGGAGAUUGACUGUUGUUGAAAAGCCAUUUUGAAUUUACUUUUGAUAAUUUUUUUAUCAUGAAACAAGUAAUUGUACUACAGUUUGUACAUUGAUAACUUGGUGCCUCUGUGAUAUUGUAUAUUUGACUGUACAUAUUUUGUUAUUAAAAGUCAAAGUAAAAAUUGAA